CUGUUUGAGAACGUGGGACGUCUGUGCGUGCGUAUCCCUCCGCCAUUUGCGCGAGAUUUCGGUGCUGUGGCUUUAGCAGGCAGGCAGGCCGCGGGCGCGAGAAGAACAAUAGAGUCUCUCGGCAGAGGCGGGAAAGUCUUCUCGUGCGCACGCUUUUUAGUAAGGAAAUAAAAAAACAAGAGAGAUCACCAACAUGUCCAUGGCUGCAGCGCGUGACAAGCGGAGUGUCCUAAGCACCGACAAUGGCAGCGGGGAGCCCGACGGGCAGGAGUUACUGGAGAACUGCGGUGUGUGCAAAAACCAACUGCGGGCGGACACGGAACCGCAAUUGUUACCGUGCUUGCACUCUGUGUGCCGGGCCUGCCUCCCGCCGGAGACCCCUGCUCCUGAGCUGCCCACCAACAGUGGAGACAUGGCUUCAGCUGUAAUUAAUUGCCCCGUGUGCAAACACCAGUGCUUCCAGAAGGAUAUUGUUGAGAACUACUUUCUGAAAGUGGAACCUUCCUCUGAACCUGUAACUGAAACCAUUCAGACCUGUACCAGCUGUGAUGACAAUACAGUGGCAAAUAGUUACUGCGUGGAGUGCACAGAGUGGCUAUGUGAGACCUGUGUGGAGGCCCAUCAGCGAGUGAAAUACACCAAGGAUCAUACCAUCAAAGUUAAAAGUUCUUCCAAAAAAGAAACCGGGCGAGCAGUUUACUGUCCUGUGCAUAAAAAUGAACCUCUCAUGCUUUAUUGUGAAACCUGUGAUACCUUAACUUGCCGGGACUGCCAACUGCAGGGACACAAAGAUCACCAGUACCAGUUUUUAGAAGAUGCUGUUAAAAAUCAAAGAAAGAUUCUCUCUGCUUUGGUCAAGCGGCUCGGGGAAAAGCAUACGUCUUUACAGAGAUCGACUAAAGAGGUUCGAACUUCGAUUCGUCAGGUGCAUGAUGUACAAAGGAGACUGCAAGUGGAUGUAAAGAUGGCAAUCUUGCACAUAAUGAAAGAACUUAAUAAAAGUGCAAAACUUAUAGUAAAUGAAAUGCAGAAACUCACAGAAGGACAUCAGGAUAAACUAGAAAAGCAGCACUGGGCUAUGAACAAGUUGCAAAAGCAUCAAGAACACAUCCUUAGGUUUGCCACGUGGGCACUGGAAAGUGACAACAACACAGCAUUGCUGCUUUCAAAGAAACUGAUACAUUUUCAGUUGCAUCGUGCUCUAAAAGUUAUUGUUGAUCCAGUUGAGCCUUUGGGCGAUUUAAAGUUCCAGUGGGACGCUGAUACCUGGACAAAACAUGCAGAGAUUUUUGGUAAAAUCGUAUGCGACAAAUCAGGUGUUCUUCAGUCAUCUUCUGGAUCACUGGCAGCCCAGUCUAUUAAUUCUGCAUCAUCUCAGGUGCUGGCUCCUCUUACUAACUUUAAUCCAAUGGUACAGAAUCGACCAAGGCCUGGUGCUUCCCAGAUUCAAGCAUCCCCAGCCAGAGCUGGUACAGCUGGCAACUUCAUCCAGCCCAUGCAGGCAAUGGAUGACUAUGAUGGCUCUUCUGCAGAGGGAGAAUCUUCUGGAUUUGAUAUUCUAACUGGCCAGAAAAGAGGACGCAGCUCUGAUGGUGAUGUAAAUGAACUUUUAAAGAAAGUUCCUCGUGUCAGCUUAGAGCGCUUGGAUGUGGACCUUAAUCCUGACACUCAGCCACCAGUCUUCAAAGUUUUUCCCGGAAACACAAACGAAGAUUAUAAUCUAAUUGUAAUCGAGAGAGGUAAUCUUCCGGGAGAAGCAGUCGUGAAGGAAGAAGCCAUGGAAACAGGCAUCCCUAUCCCUACAGCUGACCGCUCUGAAAAGUCUUUAGUCAUUCGCCCAGAUGGCUCGACAGAAAAUCUUCAACCUGUAAUGCGCCCGCCUAUCGCAGCUAUUGAUGCUGCUUCCACUGAUUUUCAAGGCGUGAGCAGCGGUGGAUUUUCUGAAGGGGUCAGUGGAGCCCGUUGUAAAGUGUGCCAGAAGGAAGGAGUGCUGCUGACAUGUAGCCAAUGUAGAAGCCAUUUCCACAGAGACUGCCACCUACCAUCAGUCAUGGAAAUUACAAGUGGACCGUGGAAGUGCAUGUUAUGCCUGGAUCUCACUCCCAAAACUGAUCAAGGUAUUGACAGGAUUCAACCACCUGUCGACUCCAGUCGUCUGUCACCGUCUGAUCAGAAGAAAUGUGAACGUCUGUUGUUGGAAAUGCUUUGUCACGAGCCUUGCCGGCCCUUCCACAGGUUAUCCUCGAGUUCUGACAAUAAUCCUAUGAUUGACCUUACACGUAUACGUGCCAAACUGCAGCAGAAACUGUCGCCUUCAUAUGUCACACCUGAAGAUUUUGUUAGAGACGUGUGGGUGAUGUUCAGAAAUGUGAGCAAACUUGCAGAGGACAAAGCGGUGGUACAGUCGAUCAUUGAGCUCCAGUCUUUCUUCGAAACAAGACUUAACCACUUUUUUGGGGACCGCAAGUUCUCCUGUCUCCUGAGGGAAAUUUUAAGUGAGGAAGAGCAGCAAAGCACGACACAAAGAAGUUCCCCAAUGAGCACAACCAGCGAGAGUGUAUCAUCCGUCAAAAAUGCUGAGCAGGAUUAAGAAAACGCGCCUGUCUGUUCUAAUGGUUUAAUUGAAGAGGAUGCGUACGUUUUAUUUCAGAUUGUUUGGUCUGUGCACAUGACGGGCGAAUUCCAGUAAAUAUGUUCCUCACUA